CCUCUCGCUAUUUAUUCCUCCCCGUAGCCCUGUGGCUGAGGCUGAAUCAUCCCGACCCGAGCAAGCAACGGGCUCGCAGCCGCCAUGGCCAGGCUCCUCAUCACCUCCUACCUGGUGUUCCUGCUCCUCGGCUCCUGGACCGACGUUGCCUUCUCCAAGAAGGGCAAAACGAAACCCAGUGGUGGCAGUUGGGGCACGGGGAGCCAUCGCCAGCCCAGCUACCCCCGGCAGCCCGGCUACCCCCACAACCCGGGCUACCCCCACAACCCGGGCUACCCCCACAACCCAGGGUACCCCCAUAACCCCGGCUACCCCCACAACCAGGGCUGGGGCCAGGGUUACAACCCAUCGAGCGGAGGAAGCUACUACAACCAAAAGCCAUGGAAACCCCCCAAAUCCAAGACCAACCUCAAGCAUGUGGCCGGGGCGGCGGCAGCGGGUGCUGUGGUGGGAGGGCUGGGGGGCUAUGCCAUGGGCCGGGUCAUGUCGGGGAUGCACUAUCGCUUUGAUAGCCCCGAUGAGUACCGGUGGUGGAACGAGAACUCGGCGCGCUACCCCAACCAGGUUUACUACCGGGAUUACAGCAGCCCCGUGUCUCAGGACGUCUUUGUCGCCGACUGCUUUAACAUCACGGUGACCGAAUACAACAUCGGACCCGCUGUCAAGAAGAACGCCUCGGAGGCUGGGUCAGCGACCAACCAAACGGAGGCGGAGCUGGAGACCAAGGUGGUGACCAAGGUGAUCCGGGAGAUGUGCAUCCAGCAGUACCGCGAGUACCGCCUGGCCUCCGGCAUCCGGCUGCAUCUCGCCGAUGCCUCCCUCGCCGCCCUCCUCCUCCUCACCCUCUUCAUCAUGCACUGAUGCACCCCGCAGCUUCGAGAUGUCACCCGUGUCCCUUUGGGGACCCCCGAACUCCCUUAUUCUUGCUUAAGGUCAUCUUUGGUGAAGAGCCCCUGGGGCACACGGGCACCAAUGCUCCCCAUCACCUCCGGGUUAGGCAACCUGAUGAAGCUUUCCUUCUCCACCCUGGUGUGGCAGGACAGUGAUGGAGCUGGAUGCCCAAAGAAAAGGCCUUCACCACCACCUCCUCCUCCUCAGGGCCAUCCUGAGAGGGACUGGGCAGAGAGGAGCUCACCCGGUCCUUGGCGUCUCUGCAAGGGCGCUUCUGAAGAUCCUCUUUGCUAACAAGCAGGGUUUUAUCUAAUCCCCUUAACCCCACUGCCACCAAGACCCCUUUCCCCGAUGCACCCGUGGCAUUGCACCCAUCCAUACCCCACAGCGGGUUUAGGAGGGUCAGCUAUGGGGUUUUCAAGCAACAAGCUGCCAGGUUGCAAUUCCCACCUUUUAAUCCCAAGCCCCGCCAUCCCUUAUGUACAUACGGACCUGCCCGCUCCGCGCCUUGCAUGCUGCAAAUACCCCUGCAGCAACACACAUUAAAAAAGUGAUUUUUGGUUGUUUUCCUCCACAGCAAGGCUGCAGCCCUUGGCCAGGUUUUGGUUGACCCCCUCCAGCUCCGCUUUGCUUUUGGUUGAGCCUCAUUGUCUUUCUUAGCCUAUCUAAAGGCAAAAAGUGCUGCUGAAUGUCCCCUAAAAGCCCCAAGGUGGGAGCGCUUGCUGUGGUCUAGCCCAAGAUAAAGCUAUUGUGGAUGUGCUAUAGGUGACAAGUCACACUCGCACUUCGGUACCUUGACCUAAAGGAUGUUCUCAUACAGCAAAAAGGAUGUUUAGGGGGGUUAAGCACAUAGCAAGAAACAUAAAUCAGCCGAAUCACGUGGCUACAGCAAACAGCAUCGGGAAAACCAAGCCUGGGAUGGGAGAUGCUUCAAAAAACCCCACAUUUUGCAAGUAAUUUAUGGGUAAAAUUCCUGCUUUUGGUGUUUAGGUCGAUGCUGGGUUGUGUAGAACCUGUAGCAUCCUUAAAGUUACGCUUGUCAAACCCGUGACCCUGAGUUCUAUUGAGUAUCUCUCGUGUACUUUUCUGCGAGGCACUGAAUGACACCGUCCUAACUCAUUUUUCGCCUUGAUGUAAGCUAAAUAAAUAUAUAUAUAUAUACACACAUGAAAAUAGAGAGGAAAGGAAUCUUUCAGGGUAUUCACCAGAGAAGCAGGGCUUUGGGGUAAACGCGGACUUUGUGAUACGCGGCUGUUUUGUAAACCCAUCCCGGUGCAUGUCUGAACUGUGCUGUUCUGAUACUUUUCUAAGUGUUCCACGUCUGGUACAAAUUAAAACGGAUAAAGCCAA